AUGUCAGUCUUCCCGCAAGAUUCCAACAAGACCGGAACGAUUCAUGCAUGGCGUCUGUUACAUCUUGGCUGGCUCACUUGUUCUUUCGUUGCUCUGUGUCUCUGGAUCACCGCUUCUGUCAUACAUGCCCGUUUCUUCCACCGGCUGGCCCCUUUUCCCGGUCCAUUCUCUGCCUCCUUCACAAAUCUGUGGAAAGUAUAUCACGUAUACGUCGGCGACCUGGAACACGUCCUACUCGAGGCUCACCGAAAGCAUGGAAAAAUCGUUCGCAUCGGACCUAAUCAUUUGGACUUCAGUGAUGCGUCGGCUGUGAAGGCGAUAUAUGGCUCAGGAAGGGCAUUUACCAAGAGCUCUUUCUACGAUGCAUUCACGGCACUACGACCCAAUCUCUUCGGCGCUCGCGAUGAAGAGGUGCACUCUGCUCGACGCAAAGCUUGUUCGAAUGGCUUUUCCCUGCAGUCGGUUGCAGCUAUGGAACCCUUCAUGGAUAGCUGUCUUCGACAUUUGCUACAUCGUCUCGACAAAGCUGCUGCGACUGGGGAAGAAAUAGAUCUCAAGGAAUGGAUAGCGUUUUUCGUGAUGGAUGUGCUCGGCGAGCUAGCCUUUUCUGGUUCUUUCGGUGUAUUGGAAAGCGGCGAUGCGACUUUGAUGCCACCGGUUCGAGAACAUGUAUUGCUGGGUACAACAUCUGGCCAUUUGCCGUGGUUGAUUCCAUAUAUCAACAAGGUUGUGCCCUACCUGCCUAUCCCAGCUCUACAGAAAAUGAUCAAGGGCAGGACAGGUCUUCGAGAGCUGGCUGUUGCCUCAGUCGAGAGACGUAUGAAAAGCCAGUCUCAAAGGAAAGACCUCCUUGGUCGCUUGCUACAAGAGCUAGACCAAGGCCAAGAUUCCAAAGGAAACGCUUUGGACAUCAAAGACAUCCAGACAGAAGCAUUCGGGUUCAUCGUUGCUGGUUCACACACAACGGCCGCAACCAUCACUCUGCUCCUAUGGCACCUCUUCCACAACCAGGACUCUCUACAACGCUUGCAGAACGAGAUCAAGACAGUGAAAAGACAUGGUGACAACUUAUGCUAUGCAUAUAGCGACGUUGUCAACUUGCCGUACCUACAAGCUUGCGUGACGGAAAACCUUAGGAUAUCACCGGUCUUCGUGCUGCCUUUGAUGCGCGUUGUCCCUCCAGGCGGCAAAACCAUCGCAGGCGAGUUUGUCCCUCCUGGAACGGAUGUUAGCAUCUGCAAUCAUGUUUUGCACCGCGAUGCUAGCGAAUUUGAGGACUAUCUCGACAAGUUCAUUCCCGAAAGAUGGCUAGAGGAGAGUAACAACAGCUCACAAUAUUUGAUGCCCUUUGGCUCAGGACAUCGAGCUUGUCUCGGUAGGAAUAUCGUAACUACUGAGAUUUACAAAGUAGUGGCAUCUCUUUUCUCAAGGUACAACUUUGAACAUCGAGCUUCGACAGAGGGCAUGGAUCAUUCGAAAUGUUUACCUAAAACGAAGAGUUCCGGUAUCGCAGACUUGGAAGGCAAGCUGAUCGUUAAGGUCUCUCGGCGUAGUUGGCUUGCCCAAGUCUAA